AUGCAGUUCCACGUCAAGCGCACCCUCGAGGGCGGUCAUGAUAUCAGAGGCUACGAGCUGCCCUCAUGGGCGCUGCUCGUCUUUCUCGUCGAUAUCUUGGCUCUGAUUCCCGUCUUUCUCCUUUUCCAGUACACCUUCAAGCUGGUCUACCCCGUCUUUGCCAUGGUAGAAGAUGAGAACCCGCCCGCCUACGAGCCCGUCCCUCUCGAUCAGCCAGUGUCCGGCGGCGAAGAGGGCGUCGCGCGCAACAGCUUCAAGCCCACCAACGGCCGCCCUCGCACCGUCACGUCGUCCUUCCGCGCCAUCAACCGCCUCCUCAUGGCCAACGGCGGCGUCGCGGCCAACUUUCGCGGCUUCUUCUGCUACCUCGCCCAGGUCCUCCUGACCACCCUCCUCAUGGGCAUCUUCACCGGCACCUUUGGCGGCUACCUCUUCCCCGUCGCCACUCUCCUCGCCUCCCUGGCCCUGGUCCAGUACAGCACCGCCUGGGUUCACAUCGUCAUUUCCGAGCCGUCGCCUCUGCCCUUUUGGUCCCGCCUACCUCCCUUCCGGCGCACCUUCGAAGCCACCUGGCAGGCCGUCACGAUUUUCUGGUUCGCCAGCGAGGUCACGCGCUUCGUCCCCGUCGUCAUGGCCCUCGUCCUCGGCAUCACGAUGCCCCAGGGCGGCUUCAACGAGCCCCUCGACAUGGACGCCCUCGGCCCCGGCUUCUUCGCCAAGUCCCUCGUCGUCACCGUCGUCACCGUUGCCGCGUCCGUCUUCGUCAUCAUCCCCGCCUACGUUGUCCUCGUCCGCGUCCAGGCCUCCCUCUUGCCCGUCGAGCAGAGCACCAUUAUCCCCUUUGACCGCUCCUUCGAGGGCAAGGUCGAGCCCGAGGUCGUUGGCGGCAAGGGCUACGCCACCGUCUCCGACGCGUGGACUACCUUUAGCAAGACUUCGUGGCGCCGCCUCUUGAUUCUCUACGUCAAGAUGUUUUGCCUGAGCCUGGCCGCUAUGGCCUUGUUGGUCGCCGUUCUGGUGCCCCAGACCAUCUUCAUCGCCAAGCACAGCAAGGAAGUGCGCUGA